GUGGUGUUUCCCUCUUUCGCAUGGAAAGUCUCGAUUCAAGUCUUGAUCGAGUGACCUCAGCUGUGUGCGUCACAUUUACACAAAUGGCAGCAGCAGCAGCAGCAGCAGCAGCUGCAGCUGCUCUUUCAGUCAGUACCAUCACUAUCACUGCUCGUGCACAGCCAGGAUACCUCAGUCGGUGGUAAUUCAAAGGACACUCGAUUCUUUGAGACGGAGGACUCAGGAAGAUUUGCAUGCGCUUCACUGCAAGCUCUCGACCCACCUCCACGUAUCCUCUAGCAGGCUUUGUUUUGAGCUUCACCAUCAGUCUCUGCACGGCAUCUGCGUACCAGCGACUCACGAGCAUCAGAACAUGUCGGCCAACAUUACAGGGCGGGGCGUAGCAAGGGCUACAGCAGCCGACUUUUUCGUGCCUCGCAUCCCCUUGCUCCCGCCCACGUCAGCCCUCACACCACCGCUAGACGUCUCUGCAGGGUACCUGCCUGCCAGACCCCCUCCCGUCGGCUCAGGGCCAGAUGCCGGGCCCGAAGGUGAUGCGCACCUCUACUUUGUGCUGGAGAGGGCCAGACACGUGGCGGACAAGAGGAGGCUGAUCAUCUGGAACAAUGGUGGCCCUGGAUGCUCAAGCUUCGACGGAGUCAUGAUGGAGAUUGGUCCCUUUCGACCCGACGGCAAAGGCUCGCUCGAGUGGACCACGCAAGGGGGCGCCUGGAACGAGUACGCAGACGUUCUGUACCUCGAUCAGCCAGUAGGCACGGGCUUUUCGUACGCUAGCACAUCGGCAUACGCGAAGAGUCUGCCUCAAGCCGCUGACGAAGUGAGGUACUUCAUAGAGCGCUUCGUAGAAGUAUACCCAGAGUACGCUGCCGGAAAUGGCGUGGACGUCUACAUUGCUGGAGAGAGCUACGCCGGGCAGUACAUCCCCUUCGAGGCAUCUGCACUCACUCGCUCUCCUCAGCCAGUUGAUCUACGAGGCAUCGCGCUGGGCAACGGAUACAUCGAUCCCGCAGCUCAGGGAGGCAGCGAAUUGGAAAUGAUGAUCUGGUCGGGUGUCUGGAAAGAAGGGGGCAAGGAAUGGACGGAGGCGAAUAAGCAAUGGCUCAAGUGCAAAGCUGACCUGGACAAGCUGGUCGGCAGCCCGCGGGAUACCCCAGCAUGUUCUCGUAUGCUCCCAACAAUUAUUGACAUCACGACUCAGAAAGUCGCUGGACAGAGCAAGGCAAGAUGCAUCAACAUUUACGAUGUCCGUCUCUCGGACACCUCCCCAGAUUGCGGCAUGAAUUGGCCGCCCAUCAUCAAGCCGACCUACGACUACUUGGCGCGCUCAGACGUGCGCAAAGCUUUGCAUGUGGACGAAGUCAAAAAACCCGAAGCGUGGAUAGAGUGUUCGCAUCGCGUUGGCGGAGCUUUGAAAGAAAAUAACCCGCAAAGUAGCAAGAUACACAUUCCCGAGCUACUCCGAAAGGGCAUCAAGGUGAUGCUCUUUGCAGGCGAUCAGGAUCUGAUCUGCAACCAUAUUGGCGUGGAGAGGAUCCCACGGCAUUUGGACUGGGAGGGCGCCGCUAGCUGGGAAGGAGAAGCCACCAAGAAGGACUGGUUUGUUAACAAUAACAAGGCGGGCUACUGGCGAGAAGCGCGCAAUCUCACGUAUGUCAGCAUAGCCGGAGGAUCCCACAUGGUCGGCUUUGACAAGCCAGUCGAGUCACACGACAUGAUGUUGAGAUUCAUGGGUGUGGAUUUGAUGGGAGCUGCUGGGCCCUCCGCUAGAAUUCCUUCGCGCGUUGAAGGAGAGCCUGACAGAAUGCUAGUGGUUGCUCCGAAUCCUGGAAAGGGCGAUGGAUCUACGGAUAAUCGACCCAUGAUUCCUGGUGUCGACGGAAAGACGGAAGAACAGGUAGCCGAAGAGGCCAAGUGGGCGGCGUACUACAAUGCGGGCUCGGCAGCUCUUGUCGUGCUCUUGAUCCUCGUCGGCGUUGGAGCUCUCAUCCUCCUUCGACUGCGGAAGCAGUCUCGCCGUUCGACGAGCAUGCUCGGUCGAGGUGGGCGACCCGUCGCGCGCGAGGACACGCACGAGCUCGAACACUUGGUAAGGGAUCCAGCGUCUGGCGAGUACGCGGAUGAUGAGGACAAGCUGGACGACGAGGAAGCCCAGAGCGGAUUGAGCAGCGCCAGGAAGAGUCCGGCUGGAACACGGCGGGCAGGCAAUGCGGUGCAGGAAGAUCAAACCGUCUUCGACGUGGGGGAUAGCGACGAUGAGGGACCUACACCUAGGACCGCCAAUUCUUCAAGCGUCAGGAGACCAUAAAAUGUUGCGGAGAAUUUUUGAAUGUCAUUGACUCUGCCUGCCAAUUUCUAAUGCAAUCAACACGGGG